AGUAGUGCGUGUGACCCGUUUAAUUAAACCGCAUAUUCAACAUGGACAUCAACGUAAUCAGUGGCUUAUUGGAAAAAGCUCUAGGAGGAAAAUUGGAAAAUUAUGAAGUUACCAAGAACGCAGAAAACGACAAGGGCCAGGGCCAUUUAGGAAAAGUAGUUUUUAUAUCGGUGAGAAACAAAAAUACCGGUGAAGAUCGGCAUCUUGCUGUUAAGCAGGUCCUAAAAUGUGCAUCCGAAGCUAUCACCAAAGUCAUGUCAGCACCAUACAUCAACGAAAUAUAUUUCUAUAAUAAAGUUGUUCCAGUUAUAAAGGAAUAUCUUAAGGCUUAUCCAGAAGUUACGGUGAUGGAAAAUAUACCAGUUUGUUACGCUACUUCAUUAGAACCAGGACUAGAAAAACUUGUAUUCGACAACUUAAAGAUUCAAGGCUACGAAAUUCAUUCUUUUGCGAUACCUUUUAAGUGGAAUGUAUACGAAGCAAUUGCUAAUAUAUAUGGACAAUAUCAUGGAGUAUUUUAUGGUUUUAAAAAUAAGGAGUCAGAAAAAUAUUCCCAACUCUCCCAUGGUUUUCUAGAUAAUUUCAGAGGAAUGAUAGAUCAAGACGUUUGGGCCGACAUCUUCAAAUAUUGCUGUAUUCGAAUUCAAAGCUUCUUAAAAGAAGAGAAUGAACUAGAGCUUGCGCAAGCUUUUCAGAAAUAUGUGGACCAUACUAAGAAGUACUUUGUAGAUGCAAUUUCCUAUAGAAGUCCAUAUUCCGUUAUUCUCCAUGGUGACUGCUGGAAGAACAAUUUUCUAUUUAAAUACAAUAAUGAUGGAGAUAUGACUAGCCUUAAAUUUGUCGAUUUUCAAAUGGCUGGAGAGGGUUCUCCUGCCUUGGACCUAAGUUACACAUUUUACUCAGACGCUGAUGAUGAGAUCUUGGAAAACCUCGACAAGUUUCUACGAACUUAUCAUACUAGCCUUGGUAAUACUUUAAAACAAAUGGGACUUAAUAUAGAACAAAUUCUACCCUAUGCAGCACUUAAGGAAGAAUGGAAACAAGUAUGUGCCUUUGGAUUCUUGCUCGGAUUAAAAGUAUUUGUCACCAAGUGUCUAAAACCUGAAAAUGUUCGCCACAUAGUAGAAAUAAUGGACGGUUCAGCACCAAGAGAUAUUCUAAACAAUGCAAUAUUGGAUACAGAUUCCGCCAACUUUAAGAAACCGGUUCUAUCACUGCUAAAUCAUUUGUACAAAAACGGAUUUUUGUAAUCUUCUUAUAUUUAUAUCAAUUGUAAUUAUGUUGAGUAUUAAU